GGGAGCACGUGGCUUUGUUAUUGCAGGAAGUGAAGAUGGCGGAUCAGCAGCUGCUCACCGAGUCGGCGCUCGGGUGGUCUAUUUUCACCUGUGUACUUCUGGUAAUCCUUGCUUUCUGUUGGGUCUACAUUCGGAAAUUUCAAAGUCGGCAGGAAAGUGAAGUUGUCUCAACUAUCACAGCAAUAUGUGCCCUCGCCAUUGCUUUGAUAACUUCAGCACUUCUACCAGUGGAUAUAUUUCUUGUCUCCUUCAUGAAGUAUCCCAAUGGUACCUAUAAGGAAUGGGCAGCAAACAAUGAGACAAGAGGUCAAAUUGAAGACACUGUGCUGUAUGGAUAUUACACACUUUACUCCAUCAUACUAUUCUGUGUCUUCCUAUGGAUCCCCUUUGUUUAUUUCUACUAUGAAGAAAGGGAUGACGAUAACGUGAACAGAUGCUCGCAAGUGAAGAACGCUCUGAAGUACACAGUUGGAUUUGCCAUUGUCUGCGUGGUGCUCCUUUUAAUUGGAGCCUUUGUUCCACUUGAGCCUCCACCUGGUCAGAAUUCCACCCAAUGGGAAAAAGUACAAUACCUUUUUGAAGAGCUUGGAAGUAGUCAUGGUCUACCUGCUCUAUCUUUCUCCAUCAGCUCCUUGACCUUGAUUGGCAUGUUGGCAGUGAUCACUUACACGGCAUACGGUAUGUCUGUGCUGCCUUUGAAUCUGAUAAAAGGCACACGGAGCGUGCAGUAUGAACGCCUGGAGAACACAGAGGACAUUGAUGAUGUUGAGCUCCAGAUAGAAAAGCUGAAGUCCAAGUGUAAAGAUGGACGUCCCCUCUCCUCAAGGGACAGAAACAACUUGCAGGAGCUGGAGGGCAAACUGCAGGUCCUCCAGCGCAGGGGGAGACACCUGGAAAUUGCAGAGAGGAACUGCUGCACUAAAGUGGGGAGUGCUCUCAGACCGUUCAAGAUAUUGCUGGGCAUUUUCUUUAUCCUCGUUGCACUGCUGUUCACUGUUGCCUUGUUCAUUUCAAAUUUGGAUAAAGCUCUCCACUCUGCAGGCAUCAGCUCUGGGUUCAUAAUCUUUGGCACCAACCUAACUAAUCCUCUGAAUGAACUUCUUUUAGCCUUACAACCCGUCUUUCCAUUGGACUACAUCCUGAUCACAGUCAUCACCAUGUACUUUGUUGUCACUUCCAUGGCUGGCAUUCGCAACAUGGGCAUCUGGUUCUUCUGGAUAAGGCUGUACAAAAUCAGACCUAAGAAAACUCGCCCCCAGGCGCUUCUCUUCCUCUGUAUGAUUCUUCUCUUGAUUGUCCUUCACACCAGCUACAUGAUCUACAGCCUAGCCCCACAAUACGUCAUGUACGGCAGCCAGAAAUAUCUUGUACAGAGUCAGAUGCCCUCAGCUGGUUCUACAUCUGGGAAUGCUACUUUUGCCACCACAAGGACCUGUGAUGCUGAUGCGCCUGAGGACCAGUGCACUGUGACAAGAUCCUAUCUUUUCCUCCACAAGUUCUGGUUCUUCAGCACCAUCUAUUACUUUGGUAACUGGGCCUUUAUCGGGGCUUUCCUCAUUGGUCUGGUGGUGUCCUGCUGCAGAGGGAAGAAGUCUGUGAUUGAAGGAGAGGUGGAGGCUGAUGACUCCGACUUAAGUGAUGAUGAAUAUGUGCACUGAAAAGCAGUAAUCGCUCGGACGGGUUUGUAGAUAUUCCCACCAUAAUUUAAAAGGACUAGAAAGAACAAUUUGAUAAACAAAUAAAUGGAUGUCGGUAAUCUGUCAUAAUUUAUUUUAUUAGUUUUAAGGAGUUAUUGCAGUGGUGUCUUGUGCAUUCCAGCCUUGUUUUGAGUUGACACAUCCUACCCCUUAAUGAAACCACCGAGACUGAUUGUUGUGUGUUUCUCAGUCAAUAUUAUUGAUGACUUUGGGAUUCUCAGUGUCCUCCAACUAAAUCUCACCUUGAGAAUUCACUUAACAGUUUGAAACAGACAUGUAUUGGUCAUUUUCUACUGGAGAAGAGACACUGCACCAGCAGAAACAGUCAUUCGCUGCUCCAAAACGUUCUGUCUUAAGAUUUAGUUGGAGCUUGGACAUAAACUUGUUCCAUUUGUUAAGCACUUUCUAGACCAUUUUAAUUGUUACUGAAUGACAUUAUCUAACGCUGGCUCUAAUAUACCUUUUAAGAUAAAAUGCUAGGACGAUAUUUGAGCCUCCACACACUGUUCUGCUUGCUUGUUUUCUGAAAAGCUAAUGGGUAUGAAAUAAUAAUUCUAUGUGUUGACAGCAGUAAUGUUUUCAAAGUUUAUUUUGCUUAUUUUGUCUCAGGUUAAUUACUGUGCUAGAGGGUUUGCUGCUUUUUGCCUACAUUUAGUCAAGACUAUUAUUUAAGUGAAUGUUACUGUACUUGCGUACCUGUACUGUGUGUCAUGUAAAGGCCCAAGUGUGGCUGUCGCGUUUCCAAGGUUUCAGUUAUUCUUAAAUUUACAAGGUUCAACAACGUUUUGCUAUCUGUCUUUGAAGAACAAGAUGCAUAUAAACAUGGAAUUAAUCAAAUAUGUAUGUCAUUUUAUUUCAAUUGAGGAGUACUUCUCCUUCUUUGCUCUAUAGUUUAUCUACACUCAUCUUCAUUUUUAUUUUCAUUGAACUGUUCAUUUAAUCAACAAAUUGAUUUUAAUUUGGAAUCAAAUAUGUGUGCCUCAUGAAUGUGUAGCACGAUGAUGGGCACACACUGUUGUACAUGCUACCCCAUUAAAUUAGCCUCACAGAGAUCUUCUUGAAUCUCAAGCUUUGUAUUUUGCUUUGAAAUGAAAGUCUGGCGGCAGCAGGAAAUAUGGUUACAUGAUGACGACAGCAGCUGUAUCAGAUGUGUUUUCUGUUCACCUGUGAUGGGUUGAAAAGAAUGCUGUUGUGUUUAAUAUUGAAUGGUACUUGUAUUUAAAGAAAUAAAACCAUUUUAAACGCA